AUGAAAGGAGUCAACCAAACCAGCAGUGUGUCCGAGUUCAUCCUCCUGGGACUCUCCUCCCGGCCUGAGGACCAGAAACCACUCUUUGCUCUGUUUCUCAUCAUGUAUGUGGUCACCGUGGUAGGGAACUUUCUCAUCAUCCUGGCCAUCCGCUCUGACCUUCAGCUCCAGACUCCCAUGUAUUUCUUCCUCACCAUCCUAUCCUUCAUUGACGUUUGCUACACAACAACCAUCGUUCCCAAGAUGCUGGUGAACUUCCUGUCCGAGCGGAAGUCCAUCUCCUAUGCUGGGUGUAUGACUCAGAUGUAUUUCUUCUUGGCUUUUGCCAACACAGAAAGUUACCUCCUGGCCGCCAUGGCCAUUGACCGCUAUGUGGCCAUCUGUGACCCCUUCCACUAUAUCACCAUUAUGAGCCCCCGCCGCUGCGUCCUGCUGCUCAUUUUCUCCUGCUCCAUUUCUCACCUCCAUUCUCUCUUACUAGUUCUUCUGAUAAAUCGUCUUCUCUUUUGUGACUCCAAUGUUAUCCACCACUUCCUCUGUGACAUCAACCCUCUGCUAAAACUGUCCUGCUCCUCCACAUUUGUCAAUGAAACUGUAAUUAACACGGAAGGAUUGAUAACCUUGGUGACUCCUUUCAUAUGCGUUAUCAUCUCUUACCUACGAAUCCUCGUGGCUGUUCUUAAGAUCCCCUCAGCUGCUGGCAAACACAAAGCCUUCUCUACCUGUGGAUCCCACCUCACCAUGGUGACCCUCUUUUAUGGGAGCAUUAUUUAUGUUUACUUCCGACCCCUGUCCAGCUAUACCAUUAAGGACCGAGUGGCAACAGUCAUCUACACAGUCUUGUCCUCCAUGCUAAACCCGUUUAUCUACAGCCUGAGAAACAAAGACAUGAAGCGGGGCUUGAGGAAGCUCAUGGGUAGAAGGCCAUCCUAG